AGGCUGGCUACCGGGGGCGCGGGCCGGGGGCCCUCCGAACGGGGCGCGGCGCUGCAGACCGGGCCGCGCGGGGCGGUGGCGGAAGGGGCCCGCCGCCGGGAGGAGAGGGCUCUGGAGGCGGGCCGGGCCUGGGCUGCCCCCCUCCCCUCACUCCCGGACGCGGGAAACGGACGCCGCGGGGAGGAGGGCUGCGGCCGCUGCCGCGCAUCCCCGCCGCCCCCGAGUCUUGACCGGUGUUGCCCAUCGUCAGCAGGUUAUCCGUCGCCCGGCUCGUGCAGAAUGGAAACCGAUUGCAAUCCCAUGGAGCUGAGCGGCAUGUCCGGGUUCGACGAAAAUGCAGAGAUUAAUGGUUUCGAAGGAACUGACAUGAAAGACAUGAGGCUGGAAGCGGAAGCGGUGGUCAACGACGUCCUCUUCGCCGUGAACACCAUGUUUGUGUCGAAGACCCUGCGCUGCGCCGACGACGUGGCCUACAUCAACGUGGAGACGCGGGAGAGGAACAGGUACUGCCUGGAGCUCACAGAAGCGGGGCUCAAGGUGGUAGGUUAUGCUUUCGACCAGGUGGAUGAUCACCUGCACACCCCCUACCACGAAACGGUCUACUCCCUGUUGGACACGCUCAGCCCUGCCUACCGGGACGCCUUCGGAAACGCGCUGCUUCAGAGACUGGAAGCUUUGAAGAGAGACGGGCAGUCGUGACUAAGCUUGUUCCUGUUCGAGGGGCGACGGCUGGAACAAAAUAUGGGCAUGAAGCUUGAAACUCUUGCUUAUGGUCAUAGGAGAAAAUGCAUCUUUGGUUUUGUGUUUUCAUCAUUUCUCGCUUCAGAUUUGGCUUCUGACUGAGAACAUUAUUGACUAAUAAAUCAUCUGUCUUAGUUCCUGAUUCGUGAAGGGAAUCCUGAGGCCAUUGCUGUGAUAGCAUCAUUAAGACAUUCAGGUUUCUGCACAUAGCAUCUCUGCAUUUCAAAACGGAAUCACUCUUUCAUUCUCUUACUCCAGGGCUUCGAUGCUGCCAGCACUCUCUCUUACAUAGGAAAGUCUGUAUUUGCACAGUAACAUAGGAAUUAAAAUGACCUAAAGGCAAACUUCGAUUCAGCUUGCUAAAUCAGGGUUUACUGCCAGCUUGGACUAACGUUACAGUAAUUAUUUUGGUACUAGCCUUACUGGGAACAAAUUAUCAACUAGUUUCCCCUGCACAAAUUUUAAAAUUCACUGCUUCACUUAAUCUAUUUGUAUUACUGAUACGGACUGAUAAUGACGUGUUCAUUAUCUAUUACUUAGCUAGUAUUACAUGAACAAUAGGGACAGAAAAGUUCUGUAUUCCUUGUUUGCAACAGCCAGCCAACUAAGAGGACAAACCGUUAGCAAAUGAAUGUAAUGGUUACUUUUUCCAAGGUACUUAAGCACAUAAGCAAAUAGGGGAACAGGCUCCAUUCUUCACAAAAAGCAUCUUCAAUGUGUGGGAUUUAAAAGAAAGAAGAUUCUGAUUUCUUAAAAAAAAAAAAUAUUUUGGCCUGUGUUGAUCCUUCUGAUGAAUGUUUGUUUACAUGAUGUACAGUAUAUAUGCAGAAAGUAUUUUUGCUUCCACAUUUACUUUCUAUAAUGUACUGCUUUGGUAUUCCCGCAGCGCCCCCUUCCCCAGCCCGUGUGCAGUGUUUGUCUCAGUGCUACGUCCACGAUGUAAUGCGAGUGCAGUGUGUGGGUUCGAAACCAAAGGGGGAAGGAAGCACUCUGAGACUUCAUGUGUGAAAAGGGAGACUCUGUGUUUUAUAUUUUAUUACAGGUACUGAUAUUUAUAAACUUAAUAAACUACGCCAUGCCGCUUCAUGUUUUCCAGAAAA